AUCUGUGCGGCAUUUGGAUUUGUAUAUAACAAGCUAAGAAAGAUAUAAAAUUGUUGUGAAAUUACACUUUUAGCCCUUAAAUUAACACGUAUAUGGUAGAAGAUCAAAAAAAGACUUUUUUAUGGAAAGGGUCUGAGAAGAAGGAAGAAUCAUCCAGCAGAAGGCCCCAAUUCCAAGAACAAAAUGGUGUGUUUCCUGUCAUGUUUUGGCAUCCAAAAGAAACAUAAACAGCGCAAGCCCGCCAAGAAAACUCAACGGUCAGACACGGUGGAGGGGAAGUACCUGCAUCUAGACUUCAGGAAGUCAGGUGAACCAGAUCCGAAAACCAGAUUUAGCAGGAAUGCAAGGAGAUGUUCACUGGCUGAGAAGAUCAAGAAAAAAGUGACCUUUAGUUUAGAUGUCAAGAUCUAUGAGCCAUUGCAGCAAGAGGAGAUUGAUUCAUAUUUUUCGGAUGAUGGUCAAGAGAAGUCGGAGUGGGAGUACCCAUCAGAUUAUAGGUACUAUAGUUGUAGGGAUAGUUUUGAUGACGACGACAUAAGACUCAAUGAAAGUGAUAUUGAAGAAGAAGACAUUGACGAGGGCGACGACUUUGAUAAUGGCAUUGAAAGCAACAAUGGGUGUAUAUUGAUCCAAGGAGAAGAACGUAAAAGCCGUGUUCUAUUUUCUGGCCCCGGAUAUAUAAGAGAUGACCGUGUGAAUUGUGUGUUAAAACCAAUGGAAAACCUCACACAAUGGAAAGUAGUGAAGGCAGUAGAAGGAACCAGAUUCAUGAAGAAGAAUCAGAAGAAACCCUCAAUUAACUAUAAGAAAAUACAAAACAAGAGCAAACCCAUUCAAGUCGAUGCCAUUCUCUCAAAUUGGUCGUUACCAUCGGAGAAGAAACCUAGAGUGACAGUGAGCGCCUAGCUACUUUCUUGUGGAGCAUUUGUCUUUUUUUUUUUGUUUUUGUAUUUCCAUUCUUUAUUGCCCCAUUUAUUGAUUCCUUUCUGUAAAUUGUUUGCAAGUGCAGCUGAUGUUGUUUGUAUUGAUUCUACCAAAUGCAAGGGUAAUAUGUAUAAAAAGAGAUUCAUCUUUUACAAUUUACAAAGACCCAAAAGAUCCAUCUUUUACCAUGAUUUCUUUCAUCUAAAGAAGCACACGAGCCCAUUUUGUUUGCAGUAAAUUUGAUUGAGAAGG